ACAGGAGGAGCAGGAGAGACUGCAGAGGAAGAAGCGGAUUGAGGAGAUCAUGAAGAGGACGCGUAAGAGUGAAACGGACUCCUCAUCCUCAGGUGUAUGUGAUGUGAACAGGGGCCAGGCAGGGCAGGGCAGGGAGCUGGAUCAGGAUGAGUCCCCCCUCAUCACGCUGGGCCCCCUGGAGAGAAAGACCUGUGGAGGGGACGAGCUGUCUGACGGGGUACAGUCUAUGGACGUCAGCCCUGUGUCCAGGGAUGACUUGGGUAUCGUUCAGGACUUCUCUCCCGUCAGCGAGGCGUUAAACAGCAUGAGUAACGCCCGAACCCUGGAGCACCUCCUGGACCUCACCACCCUGCCAGAAACACCCCCCUACCCCAGGCUGCAGCCGGGCAGUGCUGCAGCCCUGGGAGACCUYAACAAGAACCUGCUGAUACAGGGUUAUAACCCCGCCUCCUUAACUAGCUCCUCCCCCAGGUCCGCCCAGCUUCUCCACAGCCUCAUCCCUGGCAAACUGGACAUCUAGUAACGAGGGUAUUGUAUAGGACUAUUGGCUGUUGGGUGAAAAGAGAAGCUAGGAGCAGCAGGGGGGUCUCUGCUCUCCUCCUUCCUCACCAAAACUAGAGAGUGGGACCAGCUCCACCCCCCCCCCCCUCUUCAGGGGAGAGGCCCUCCCCAUGCACACCUGGACUCCACAGAGAGCAACUGCUCAAUGUCUGGCUCCCCCCUUAUAUCUACAACUCAACACAUCUACAGCUGAAUUCCCCUAUGUAAACACACACUGACAUGUGCAUACACACACACACACACACACACACACACACACACACACACACACACGGUUAAUACUCUCCCAGUAAAGUAAAGCUUUUUCUCUAUGCUCUGGCUGUAUGAUAUUGUGUAUAAAGGUGUGUCAGUGUUUGGAGGCUGAUGUAAUAUGGUUGUGUUAUCCUCCUGUAGCAUUAAUUAUGUGGUUAACACUGACCAUGUAGCACCUUCACUGGAGAACACCUCCUCC